CCCCCCCCCCCCCCCCCCCCCCGCCCUCUCGCCCUCCUUCAUCCGCCAAGCCACGAUGAAGCGCUUUUUUACCUUCCGCCGUAAAAAGGACAAGUCCAAGAGCGUCGAGGUCGAUCGCGACGCCUUCAACGCCCCGGCGGCCACCGGGGCCGGCGGCUCGCCCACCUCCGCUCCGGCCACCGCGCCUCAAACCCCCACCACGCCAACCAGUGGCCACGGCAAUGAGACCAUCCUGCCGCCGGCUUCCGCCGACCACACGCUCCUCCCUCCGGCCGGUGGUGCGGCCCACUCCGCCAACCAGGACACCCUCCUGCCGCCGGCCGGCGCCCCGGGUGGUGGCUACCAACAGCACCCACCGCCCCAUGGCCAGCAGCAGCAGCAGCAGCAGCAGCAGCAGCAGCAGUACCACCACCACCAGCAGCAGCAGCAGCAGCAGCAGUACCACCACCACCAGCAGCAGCAGCAGCACCACGCGGCCGGCAACAACCCCUACGCUAUGAACAACGGCCACACGCUGGUCGGCGCGCAGCAGGGCGACGCAUCGUAUGCCAACCCGGCGGCCGGUGUCAACUCGACGCUCGUUUCCCCGCACGGCGGUGUCACCUACCACGCGCACCCGGGCAAUGUCAACAUGACCCUGGUCGGUGGCCCGGGCGUGCCGGGCGGCGGCAUGCCGAUGGACUCGCAUGCCACGCUGAUUGGCGGCCCGCCGGCGCCUGGCUGCGAUCCCAACUCCACUCUCAUUGCCGGCGGGGGCCCCGCUCCGGGGAUGAUGAUGGCCGGCCGGCCGGCCCCGGCCCCGGUGCUGGUCCCGCACCUGCGCCUGCUCCCCUCGAGCGAGUACUACCCGGUGCUGGACAUCGACGUCACGCGCACCAUCAAGCUCGGCCGCACGGACCCCAACAACACGGACCCGGACUUCGUGCCCUUCAACAGCAAGGUCAUCUCUCGCCGCCAUGCGGAGAUCUGGGUCGUCAACAACGAGUUCUACAUCCGCGACACCAAGUCCCAGUCCGGCACCUUCCUCAAUGGCACUCGCCUCAGUCUCCCGGGCGAGGAGUCUCGUCCGUGGAAGCUCAAGAACAACGACGUCAUCCAGCUUGGUGUCGAUCGUCGUGGGACCACCACCGACUCGUUGCGCUGCUUCUACGCCUCGGUCGAGCUCUCCUUCCGCAAUACGGCUGCCGAUGCCGGCGCGCCGGUUGUCCACCCUGGCAUGUACGCCAUGCCGAUGGCCCAGCCGCACGCGCCCGAUCCCAAUGCCACUCUCAUUGCUUGAGAAGGGGGCCGGAGCAUGCCGCCGUUCCUGCCAGCCAUUUUUGUGCAUGUGUGUCUGUAUGCGCAUGUGCAUGCGCGUGCGCUUUCUCCCUCUCACUGUGCGCGCGCUCGCACCCCCCCCCUCUCUCCCCCCUGUCUAUCUCUCCUGCACUGUGUCGCUUUCUCUCUUCCCCUCUUCCCGUCCUUGUCAGCGCUCCUUCUCUCCUCUUGCGCGCCCACAUGCCAUACACAUACACACACACACACA